CUUUAACAGGGGCGGGGAAACAGGUGAAAAAAGCAGAAGCAGGAAGUAAACAGCUGUAGAUCUUACGACUAUACUCGGACCAAAAAAAACAACAACGUUUAAAUGCUUUUAAAUCGCUUCAGUUUGGAUCCUUGCAGGCUAUAAUGUUCACAGUUCGAGGCUGCAUAAUGAAAAUAAGUUAGCCGGGCUUUAAAGGUAACAAGGAUGUCUGAACAGGCCGGGUUAAGGCUUCACCCCGGGAUUAUUGCAUCAGUGAUCUUGGUGUCUGCGGUGGCGGUAGCUGCUGCCGUAUUGAUCAUCCGAAAAUACUGCUUCCCAGUCAAUGAGGCAACUUACAGAUACUCAGUGCUGAGACAGAUGGAGGAGGGGCAUUCUGCAGCGGCAGAGGAGGAUGGCGACAGGAGGUCGCGCACAGUGGGAGAGGAUUCAGACGAGGAUCUUUUGGAAUAAAUCUCCAACUGGGAAGCUGCUGGACUGACUGCAAUGGAGUUUAUUCUAUAAACUGUGUGGUGUACGAAUGAAAUGGAGGAUUGUUUUCGUAGCGGGGAUAAAAAAUAAUUGACUUCUCGUUCUGCGCCGUGGUCAGCUUUCCAGGUUUUUUCUUCGGGUGAGUUUGAAAGGUCUCAACUCUUCCCCUCAGGACUGAAAAAAAAGCUCUCUGAUCUGUUGCAGAUAUGAAAUAUCGAGCUGUUUUGCCCCUUGCUGCUGUAAUUAUUGUCCUCCUAAUCACAUGGGGAAUAUCCAUCAAUUCAUCCGUAGCACAGGAGAGAGAAAGGAAUACUCUCGCUCCACCUACGUCUGUGCCAAAGUGCAGCCUCUCAAGAGUGUGUCCACCCAACCAUAUUGCUUUACGUAUCAGGAGCGGCGCCGCUGAUAUUGUCGGGCCAACAGUCUGUUUUGAUGGCAAAAUCAUAAUGAGUCAUGCACUGAAUAACGUGGGACCAGGGCUAAACAUUGCAGUGAUAAAUGGUGAAACUGGAGUUGUAGAAAAAUCUGUCUGUCUUAACAUGAAAACAGGAGACCCAAAAGACAUCCUUGCACACCUGAAGAAGAUAAAACGUGGAAUGAUCGUUUUGGUGGCCUCCUUUGAUGAUGUCACACAAAAAAUGACAAAUGAAAUGAGGGAGAUAUUCAGUGAAAUGGGAAGCACUUUGAUCAGGUCUGUGAAGCGCAGAGACAGCUGGGUGUUUGCUGGAAGAGCAGGCACAAAAAUCAAAAGCCUCUUUGAGAAGCAAGCUGUUAAUGAUGAAAAAAACAACAUUUAUGGAGGAUGGCCAGAGAUGGUGGAGGUGGGCGGCUGUUUCCCAAGAGUCUUCAGCGACUGACUGACUGACUUACAUAAACAUUAAUUAACAUGAACUGUAAAAAGUGACUGCAUUUUUUUUAAUGGCAAAACAUACCUGUCUAUAAUUUCAGCAAAAGCACAUAUUAAUAUUUUCCCUACAUCACAUGGUAGAGAUCACCUGUGGAUCAUCGGCGAGGAAAGAUGAUUACGUGACUUUGAAGAUGGCAUGGUUGUUGGUCUAUUUCAGAAACUGCUGAUCUACUGGGAUUUUCCCACACAACCAUCUCUAGGGUUUCCAGAGAAUGCUCCAAAAAAGAAAAAUUAUGAAUGGCCAAACUGCUUUGAGGUGAUAGGAGCUCAAAUAACCAUCCAUUAUAGUCAAGAUAUGCACAAAAAUACACAGUGCAUUGAAUCCAGAAACAGAUGGGCUGCAGCAGCAGAAGAAGACCACACCAGCUGCUGUCAACUAAGACCUGGAAACUGAAGCUGCAGUUUGCUUAUGUAAUACUAUGCAUGAGUAUCAAUUUCUGCUGAAACCUGCAGAUGGGAGCGUGAGAAUUUGACCUAAAUAACAUGAAAGCAUGGGUCCAUCCUGUCUUGUUUCAGUGGCUCAGGCUGCUGCUGGUGUAAUGGUGUUUAUUUUGUUGUCACACUUUGGGCUCCUUAAACACCACAGCCCACCUAAGAAUUGUCGACCGUGUCCAUCCCUUUAUGACCGCGGUGCCUCCAUCUUCUGAUGGCUGCUUCCAGCAGAAUAACGCACCAUGUCACAAAGCUCAGAACUCACUGUCAUGGUUUUUUGACCUUGACAGUAAGUUCACUGUACUAUAAUGGCCUGCCAGUCCAAUCCUUCAAGGAUUAGUAUUUCUUCCCCCGUUGAUAUUCCUUGAUAUUUUUAUCUUAAUGAAAGCUCCAAGUAUAGAUUAGUGAUUGUGGGCUGUAUAGUAAAUGUUCAAAUAGUAGAAGUCAAGUUACUGAGUACUGUGCACAUAUCUCUUACUAAUGGCCUUGAAACACUUUUGUUCCUUUACAACAAAGCUGCUUUACCACUAGACUAAUUACUUUGGUCCAGUGGUUCAAAGCAUACAGCGACGGCUCCUGUAAGGGGGUCACAAGUUUAAAUGUGACAGAUUAGAAAAUGAUUAAUGGGACAGAGAAGAAGUAGUUCUGUUCUCUUGUAAUUUUAUAGACUUUUCCCCGAGCCUUGUGUGGUUAAUUUAAAAUCUUAAAUCUUUUUAGCUAAAUCCAUCCAGCCAUCCAUUCAUCCAUUUAGCCGGCCUAUGGCAGUGCUUUAAAAUAAACAGUCCAAUAAAAUGCGUGUAUACAAAUUUACUUAAAUACAGCACUUAAUGAGUAGGUAUAGAGUUAAAUGUUUUGGCUUUUUUUGCUGAACACCUUUAGUCUGCUCAACAGGAGCUUUUCUCGGUAGAGGCUUCCCUCUGGUCCAAACACAGGGCACUUUCCUCCCUCUGUGGCAUUCUUGGCUGCUGGAGCAGAGAGAGAGGGGGUAACCUCAAAUUAUUGCUGAAACCCCGUAAAGUGUGAACUAACGGAAUCUGUGCAAGCACCAAAUCUGGACUCACUCUGAAGACAUGGGAGUCACUCAUGGGAAGAAGAGAGAUCUUCAGCAUUUUCCAGGUAGAGAUGAGACACAGUUUCAUUUGUAUGCCUCCAUGAUGCAGACUCAUCAAACCAAACUUGAAGGCCGAUUUUCAGAGCUUCAGGCUUUUCCAUCCCAAAUGCAGAAUGAGGAGGAGAGCAGUAAUCUAAUCAGACCCCUAAAAGCUACUAGUGCGAUAACUGCCCUGGAGAGCCACCGGGAGCUGCAUAAGGAACUGCAGAUGACCCACAAGAGGAAGAGAGUGUCUCAAGAAGGAAAGACUGAACUCCAGCGAGUUCUGGAAAAAAGGAAAUGGGAACAAAGAUUGAAAGCGAGCAGGGAUCAAGAGGAGGCAAAGAAGAAGACAUCAGAGCUACACCAAGAGCUGCUGAAAAGACAACAGAGGCUUGAAAAUCUGGAAAAAGAUCAGAAAGUUAAACAAGAAGAACCAGAGUUCAUCCAAGUCAAAGAGAGACUGAGGAAGACUGCAGUGCCCUGUACAAGGGCAAAAGAAGUGUGACCGUUUUAUAACUACGUGUGUGUUUUGUAUUCACAGUCGGUGCAAUUGACUGUUGGGAAUAACUGACCUGGUGAAGGAUUCUUCUGCUAUAAAUAGAAUAGAUAGAUAAUACAGCUCAAUGCUCAUGAUCGAGGCGACACCUUCUGGUCAAGUGGAGACACGUCAUCACUGUGAAUAGUGUCUUUUGUGUUUUUGUUUUUCUUCUCAAUACUUUGGUUAAAUGUGACUUAGAGCAAAACGUUCAGUAAAAAAAGAAAACUAUAAAAAAUUGUAUUGUAUACAGACAUUGUUGAUUCUUUUUUCUCCAGCAGCACAAUUUAUUAGGUGUUUAUUUUGUCCAUUUAAUCCAUAAUAAAACAUUUUUUACAUGC